AUGUCUUUCCGUGUCUACUUUAAUUUUAGUUUUCGUCAUUGUGAACGUUUAUUUAGGAACAAUCGUCUCGAAAUACAUGGUGGACUUGAUUCUGUCUGCGGAGGGGCCCAAAAAUUUGACGAGCCAACAGGACCAACUUGUGGAAUAUUUUGUUGCAAAAUUCGGUACCAGAAAUGAGAGCGAAACAUCAGUGACGGCCGAAGAGAUAGAAAUUUUUAUUCCCAGCCCCGCGACAAACCACUAUGAGGCAACAAGUGCAGUUCAAAAUCAACACUACCCAUGCCCAGACGUGCCCAUAGUGACUGUCGAGCACGGUGGUCGUCUCGGAAACAAAAUCUGGGAGUACGCGGCCGUGUGGUGCCUUUCCAGGCUGAUGGGCCGCCCUGGUUUUGUUCCCAUCUCCCUUUUGUCAACCCUGAGCACCGUCUUCAACGACCUCAGCCUACCCGCCAUUGAAGAAAUCGAACAUUGUGGUUUAGAGUUGGACCGGAAACCGGUCACCCUUCAGCAACUGAUGCCGCUGACAGAACUGAUUCACCGUUACAGGGGACGAAACCUUUUACUCCCCAAGUACAUUGUUUUUCUAGAACCGAUUUUUCUCUACCGAGACCUUUUGAGGGACGAACUGAGUUUCAAAACGGAAAUCCUGCGGCAGGUUCAGGAGACGAUCGAUCAGGUCGGAGGGUCCAGGAAAACUCUGGUUGGAGUCCACGUGAGAAGGACCGAUUUCAAGGAAUUUCUUCCGAGGGCCUUCAACAGCUCCCUCGCCGACGAAGACUAUUACAAGAAAGCUAUGAAUUGGUAUCGAGUGAAUUUAAAAGGCCCGAUUUUAUUUCUGGUGGUCAGCGAUGAUGUUCCUUGGUGCAAAAAGAACCUUCUGUCUAAGGAUGUGAGAAUCGUCUCAAAAAGCCCCGAACACGAUUUGGCCCUUCUUUGCAGGAGCGACCACACUAUUAUUGACUACGGGACUUUUGGUUACUGGGGCGCCCUGAUGUCCAAAGGGCACACCGUCUCUCUGGGCGUCCACAAGUACUUCAGCCACAGAAUGGCCAAGCAAGCGAACUGGACAAUAUUUUAA